AUGCCCAACACCAACACUUUUACCAAUAAAUUUUCAAAUUCCAAAAGCUCAAAUGCUUCAUCUAAAUCAAACCUACCAUCACCACUCAAACAAACAACUAAAACACUUUCGAUUCCUCGAUCAUCCGCAACCACGGCCGCGGCGGUUACAAAUCGCUGUACUCCCCCCACGCGCAAUACCACCAGCAACUCGCCGCAACGUACCAACAAUAAGAACAUUAUACCCUCCUCCUCUCCCGCACCGCAAGCCGAUAACACACACGCUACUGCCGUUAUCGCGACUCACACUAAUUACGACAACUCGACCAGUCCACAGACAUCAUUAGCCAAUACCUCCAGUACUACAUUAAUCAAUAACACAGAUAAUAAUAUAAAUUCCACAUAUGCAGCUGUCACGGAUAUAAUCCCGAGCAGGGAUCACGCCAUCGUUUUUAAUUCUAUAGAUGGUGUACCCCAAAUACAAUACAUUUUAGCGAUCGGAAAAAUAGUACAACCCAAUAACAUAAAAUUCGUCUCAAGAAUAUCAAAUAAUCGUUUUUGUAUUUUCUUGUCAAAUAAGCAAAUUUUGGACAACUUAAUGCAAACAACAAAUCAUAUUAAAAUUCACGACCAUGUUAUUCAAAUACGCAGACUUAUAAAUCCAGCAAAAAGAUUUAUCAUAUCUAAUGUAUGUCCAUCUAUACCAAGCCAAGCAAUUGUAGAUGCCCUAAAAAAUUUAAAUAUUGUUCCAAUCUCACAAAUUACACACCUUAAAGCCGGAAUCAAGGUAGAAGGCUAUGAACAUAUAAUGAGUUUUCGCCGCCAAAUUUAUAUAAAUUACGAUGAUGUCCCUAAGCUCCCUAGCUCAUUAAUAAUCAACGUAAACGAUAAUCAAUUCAGAAUAUUUUUCACUGACGACAAAAUAACUUGUUUUUUAUGUAAAUCGGUUGGCCACACCACAACAAACUGUAAUAAGAACACUGAAGAUAAAUUUAAAAGUGAUCAUCCGUCUGUCUCCAAUGCAACCAACACUCUUGAUAUUACCACUGAAGCACAAAUAGAAGACACUCUCCCACCCUCAACACCAGAUUCAGAAUUCCUUGAAAAAAUCACUACGGACUGGUCCAAUGAACCAGAGCCAUCUUCACUAUCAAGCAUCACUCCGGAGGUAUCCCAUGACUCACCUCUAAACGAGACCUAUAAAAGACCUUUCUCCGAAUCGUCAUCCUCAAAACCCCCCUCCUCACCAAGCAAUCUAAACUCCCCCACGACCAUUCCGAUCAAGGAAAACGCCAAAAAAAAACCCAAAAUACGUUCGCGAUCAAACUCGUCAAACAGACAAGAAAACGCCUUUGAAGAGGGCCUAAAAACAGUGGAAGAAUUUUUCACCACCAACGAUACCUCACCAAUUACUUUCCUUCAAUUUAGAUACAUCCUAGAUAAUUUUACUCUCAAAUCAAUGAACAUUCACACGCUGACCAAAAAUGCAAAUACCGAUUUAAUCUCUCUAAUGAACUUAAUAGACUCGAUUCGAGAUAUAGUAAAGGAUCGUAAACUCAAAUUACGCCUUUCAAAGCUAGCACAACUCCUGUUCCAAGCACUACCCCCUCAAGAUUCCCUUGCAUAA